AUGGGAAUGCUGGCUCGACUCGCACAGUCGGCCUUUUUAUUGGGACGGGUUUAUAGGUGCAAAACGCAUCCUACCGGCGAUGCUCAAUUUGACCUGUCCGAAAAGGGUCAACUUGACCGUGCAUUACACGCUCUUCUCAGCCUCACAUACGAAGAGGGAGCUACCCGACUAAUGGCAAUAUGUCCCCAAACAGCGCUUUGUUUUAGCGCUCUGGUCAUCUUGCACAGUGACGACCCGGUUCCCAGAUCUUCGCCGUUGACCAACAGUGUCGCGUUCGCAAUGAACCACUGGCAUGACAACUAUGUAAAUGAUGAAACCAUGUCCGCGAUUCAAACAUUGAAGUUCCUUCGCCCGAUUGCCAAUGAGUCAUACACGAACGCUAACCUCUUCUUUCGAAGGGAGCCAUGGUCAAUCGAAAAGUCAUCACCGUCGCUGUUGCACUGGACAUACCUGAUCGCUGUGACUUUCUUGCAGAUAAGCAAGAGUCUGAGGAAGGUGCAAGGCUCCUCGAAGCUUGAUGAAGUUUUUAUGCAACAUGCAACUGAGUGCAUGAAGGAGGCUUCGCUUCUGGUUCCCCCAAGCGAUUGGAUACACGUCCUGAGAGAAUUUGCAGUCGGCGGCAAUGCGGAGCGGCGGGCCGAGCGCAGCCGAGCGGUACCUACAGUCGACGCAAUGCUUCAUAGGGUCCGUGGCGUCCUCAAUCUACAUGAUUGGAGCACGUCUAAGCCGCCGAUCUUUACUUCCAUCACCGGAAACAGCAAUGUUAUCUUCGUCAAAGCCGGCAUGUUUCGCAAGAGCGGCGUCGAUAUGAGUGUGCCGGUUAAGGAGCAGUGGUUUCGUCGCGCUGAGAUGUGGGAGACUCCCUAUGCGUCCGAGGGAAAUGUGCUGGUGUAG